UCGUUCGCUGAGAAGAGAAGCUGGUCGCGUUAGCUUAGCAUAGUUUAGCAGCAGAUGCUGUUGACACAGAAAGACACAGAAAGGAGGCGCUAAAACUCCCAAGCAGCUAAGAAAACAUGAAGUUCGUUCGUUUUAUUAUGAAAAACGCCGCGUUGGCCAACGCGCCGAAACACAUAGAGCAUUUCUCUAAAUUUUCUCCGUCGCCGCUUUCCAUGAAGCAGUUUCUGGAUUUCGGCUCCAUCAACGCCUGCGAGAAGACGUCCUUCGUGUUUCUGCGGCAGGAGCUCCCUGUAAGACUCUCAAACAUCAUGAAAGAAAUCAACCUCCUGCCUGACAAAGUGCUCCUGACCCCGUCUGUGCAGAUGGUGCGGAGCUGGUACAGUCAGAGUUUGAUGGAGAUCCUAGACUUUUUAGACCAGAAUCCAGACGACCACAAAGUGCUUUCAGAGUUCGUGGACACCCUGGUCACCAUCAGAAACAGACACAACGACGUGGUGCCGACCAUGGCGCAGGGCAUCAUCGAAUACAAAGAGAACUUUCCCCAGGACACGGUCACCAACCAGAACAUCCAGUACUUCCUGGAUCGGUUCUACAUGAGCCGCAUCUCCAUCCGAAUGCUCAUCAACCAACACACUCUUGUUUUUGACGGCACGACGAACCCCGUCCACCCGAACACCAUCGGGAGCAUCGACCCUCAGUGCCAAGUGGGAGAUGUAGUCCAGGAUGCCUUCCACAGCGCCAAGCUGCUGUGUGAACAGUACUACCUGCGCUCCCCAGACCUGGUCCUGCAGGAGAUGAACCACAAGAAGAAGAAUCAUCCGGUCACCAUCGUGUAUGUGCCCUCUCACCUUUACCACAUGCUGUUCGAGCUCUUCAAGAACGCAAUGAGAGCGACCAUUGAGACUCACGGGAGCAGCAGCACCCUCCCACCUGUUAAAGUCCUGGUGUCUCUGGGCGGCGAGGACAUGUCAAUCAAGGUGAGCGACAGAGGUGGUGGAGUCCCGUUCCGUAAGAUCGAGAACCUUUUCAGCUACAUGUACUCCACAGCUCCUGCUCCUCAGAUAGGAGACCACUCCAGGACGCCGCUGGCUGGUUUCGGCUACGGCCUCCCCAUCUCUCGCCUCUACGCCAAAUACUUCCAGGGCGACCUGCAGCUUUACUCCAUGGAGGCCUUCGGCACGGACGCCGUCAUCUACCUGAAGGCUCUGUCCACGGACUCCAUCGAACGGCUGCCGGUCUACAACAAAACCGCCCUGAGGAACUACAAAAUGAGCCACGAGGCCGACGACUGGUGCGUUCCCAGUAAAGAACCUCUGGACCUGCGAAACUUCAAGACGGCCCAGUGAGGGUCUCUGCGUGCACCGAACUGACGCUUCGCAGCUAAAAACAGAAUUAAGUCCCUGCGGUCCCGCGACGUCUCCUGCAACCAGAGCAGGUUUCAGCCUGUCCCUUUCAGCUUGUGCCACCUUUCUUUUGGUUUUUAACAGACGCAUGUUGGUUGGAGGAAGCAGCUCGACAGAGAGGGCGGAGUCAUGUCAUUAACGGGGGAGUGGGCGGAGUCAAUGGAGGAGGCAGCGCCCAGCGUGUUACGGGCGUUUGAAGUAAAUUAGAAUCUGAGUGGACUCGUAAAGUGAAAAGAGGACGUAAAGCCCCGAGAAGGUCCGAGGUGUUCCACAAGCAGAACCAGAUGUGCAGCCUGGCAGCAGCAAACCCACCCAAAGGCUCGGGCUGUUGGAAUACUUGAACCGUUAAUCUAAGAUUUGCACCUUGUUCAAUUUCUCUUGGUACUGUAAACUGUUUUUAAACAUUUGAACAACUUCUGUUUUUGCAUUUCUUUAAUGUUUCUGCCAAACGGCUGACGGUGUUGUCGGCGUUCUGGACCAGGCUGAUCGUAAUCCUCCCGUGUUUUUGUGUAUUUUUUUGUGUUAGGAUUAUAAUCUAGAAACCGCAGCUCCGCAUGGACCUGAGUUUUUACCCGCCAAGUGUUUUCCAGCCUUGUGGAGGCUGAGUUCACGUGUUAUUAAGCUCAAGGAGGUGCUUAGUGGCUCAAUACAGCCAGUGUCUGUUUUUAUUUUUUACUCCGUGCCAAAUGAGAACGUCUCGGGUCCAGAUGUGUUCAGAACAGUUCGUUUGUCUACGUCUCGCAGAUAAAGUUUUUUUUAUAGCCACACUUUUGUUUCUGACUGAAAAUAUUGUAAAUACUGUAAAUAAAAA